UCUGUCGUUCAGUAGAAUGAGUACAUUACGUUUGGCAUUUUAUUCUAAGAUUUUUCGCGAAAUACUAAGAAAGUCCUGUUGAAAGCAUAUCCUAUUCUUUUUAUUUGUUCCUUUUGUAAUAAUUAAAAAAGUAAUCAGUGCUAAAAACUUGUCAAAAAAAUUAAUCCUUCUGAUCGCAAUAAACGAGUGUUUGAAGUGUUUAUAUUCCGAAAAGUUCAUGGUUUGUUACGUGUUGUGGGUGUGUUCACAUGAGUUUUAAUUAAUUAUGUUGUAAAAAAAUUAACAAUGUGUUUCGUUUUGUGUAAUGAAAUAAUAUCUAAGUGUAUUUGUGGUGUUUCACGGAUGAUGCGGUAGACUUGCCAUGUCUAGGCUCGUCGACUAUUUCGUGAUUGUGGGCUUCGACCACGAAAAAGAAAGGGGCGGCCUUAGCAACGGCGUCAUCCUCCAGCGGUUCCCGGAGAUUAAUUGGGACGACACACCUUUCCACGACGGCAUAGAAUGGUUCUGUCAGCCACAAGGAUGGGCGCUGUCAACGGAGCGUUCGGAACCGCGCUUCUACGUUUCAGUGUUGACAGAUGUCGAUGCAAACAGACACUACUGCGCAUGUCUCUGUUUCAACGAGACCGUAGCCAUCACACCUACAAAGCCCGCAGACGAGGACGAGGAAUCUUUGGAAUCGUCGCGUACGGUGGCGAAUAUAACGCACCACAGCAUCAUGUAUGCUCCCAAGUGUCUUGUCAUCGUCUCCAGACAGGACUACAUAGACACAUUUCGGAAUUGCCUAGGCAUAAUCUACACAGUAUGGGUGGAGAACCUCGGUGUUCCUCUAGAAACGUUAGUCGGGAACCUGGUGGGAUGUGUUCUAGUCCCACCUCCAGGCGGCCCUCAGGUCCGAUUCAGCAUCGGGGCCGGCGAUCGACAGGCGCUACAGCCCCCUGCGGCACCUCCUAUGCCCGUUACACAUACCUCCGUUCAUAUGUUACUUAGGUUAUUAGGUAUACACAACUCGGUCACCCUCUGGUGUGCGGUGAUGAGCGAGCACAAAGUAUUAUUGGUAUCGCUCGCAGGCGCACGGUUGUCGGCCGUUUGUCGAGCGUUAGCCGCCCUCAUGUUUCCCUUUAGAUACGCACACGUGUAUAUACCGCUGCUACCUGCUGGCCUGGCCGAAGUACUGGCCACGCCCACGCCGUUUCUCAUCGGUGUACAUUCCAGUUUGAAGGAGGAGGUUUCUGAAUUGUUAGACGUUAUAAUAGCGGACCUCGAUACGGGGUCCCUCCACAUACCACCGAGUGUCAACAUCCCGCGUCCAGAGGGCAAACUCCUAUCGUCCCUCCAGGACUCGCUCGCCUUGGUCCUCCAGCCGGAGCUUCGGUCUGCCGACUCGGCAUUCGCCCCACCGCCGCCAGUACAGUCCCUACCUCAAAUGCUUGAUAAGGAAAUCAGAGCUGUGUUCAUGAGGACGCUGGCGAAAUUGUUACAAGGGUAUAGACACUGCUUGACAAUAAUCCGGAUACAUCCGUCCCCCGUACUAACUUUCCACAAGGCGGGUUUUUUGGGUGCUCGCGGCCUAUCGCAGUGCCCUUUCGCUGUUAGGUUGUUGGACUCGAUGUUCUUCAAUGGGUUGGUUGCGGAGCGGGGACCGCCCUGGAGACCUACUGAUAUAUGGGACGAUCUUGUACUGAAUCUCCCAGAACAGCUGCGAUUAGAGUCAAUAAAUUCGGACUUGGAGUUACCGCACAUACAGGAGUUGGCAAUGCAACUGCAUUUCAAUGAAAACCCGAAUCCACAAAUAUUCCAACAACGUAUCCUUCGGCCGCCAGAGGGCGCUGAAUCGAGAAUACACCAACCGCCUUUACCGACGCUUUGCGCUGCCAGAGUGCAACAAGUCAUAGACGAGAGAGCCGCCACUAAUAAUCUUGAGAAGUUACAAGCGAUAAGAUUACCAGCCCCACGAAUAAUACCCCCAGCAGCGCCACCUACCGGCGCCGUGGAACUCACGCAACUAUUACUCACUAACUCUGCGAGACGGCUUGAGGUGCUAAGGUCGUGUAUAGCGGCGAUAUUCGAAUGUCGUUACGCAGACGCACGCAAAUCCUUUCCCGCGGUUCUACGUGCACUACGCGCGCCGAACGCACGGACCGCGCUCGUCAACGACCUGGCGUCACGACUGCCGACCAACAAGCAUAUACUCCAUCAUCAUCAGUUCGAUCUUAUUGUGAGGUUACUAAACUGCGCUCUCCAAUCAGCGACGGCGUUGGACGAGCACACGAUAGCGGCGGCCGUUCUUCCUCUAGCGACUGCGUACUGCAGAAAACUGUGUACGGGCGUCAUUCAGUACGCCUAUAUGUGUAUACAGGAACAUGCAGUAUGGACGAGUCAGCAGUUCUGGGAGGCUGCGUUCUAUCAAGACGUACAGAAAGAUAUCAAGGCUUUUUACCUGCCGAGCCCAACGCAUCACCAACGGGUGCCUAGCCCCAGAGAAGAUGAAGAAUACAUAUCAUUGUUGAAGGCACAAGAGCCAAGUGCGUUAGAGAUAGCGGCCGAACAGAUGAGAAUAUGGCCGACCUUGGCUUCCGAGAAGCAAGCGGAGCUGAUAGCGAGCGAGGAGUCGACCCUAUACAGCCAGGCCAUACACUACGCGAACCGUAUGGUGUACUUGCUUUUGCCGCUAGAGGGCGCCGGGAGAAGAGCGGAUGUCCGGCCGGAUGACGAUCGAGGCACUAAUAGUGUUAGCAAUAGUGUAGCGGAAUCAGAUAGUGCUGAUGCAGAAUCCGGCUUUGAGGAGGCAGACCCUGGCGAAGCGGGAAACAACGUUAUCAAGAUGGUCUCCAGAUUUGUUGAUAAGGUGUGUACAGAGGGAGGAGUGACGGCAGAUCACAUCCGGUGCCUGCAUCAGAUGAUUCCAGGCGUGGUCCACAUGCACUUGGAGACGCUGGAUGCUGUGGCACGAGAAAGUCGACGUUUACCUCCCGUACACAAGCCACGUAUAGUAUCUCCCGCCCUAGUAAGUGGUGAGGCAGUAACGGCGCCCGCCCUACGAGCAUUACUGGUGGCAGAUGGGCGAGAGGCACCGUUGUUGCCCGCUGAGGGAGCCCUGUUCCUCACCAAUUACAGGAUCAUUUUUAAGGGCACCCCUGUUGACCCGUACGCUUGCGAGCAAAGCGUAGUCCGUGCGUUUCCUGUGUGUGCGUUGACACGUGAAAAAGGCGUACGCACACAGGCGCAUCUCGAGCACGCACUUCACGAUGGACUGCAACUGAGAUCCGCCACUUCACAGCUUAUUAAGGUGGCCUUAGACGAGGAGGUGAGCAGCGAGCAGGCCGAAGCCUUCCGCAAGCAAGUGGCUCGGCAGCGGCAUCCGCAGCAUCCCUCGCUACACUUCGCUCUGGCGCCUAGAGCCGCGCCUCCGCCCGCCCUCGCCCCGCCCAAGCAUCAUACGCUCAAAGGUUUUGCGAAGAAGACACUCCUAAAAACAGCUCGUCGCGCGGGACUCAAACCCAAGCCAUCGAAACGUCAGAAGUACGUGCUGCCAUCUGCAGAUGCGCGAUCUCUCACUUCGCCGCCUCUCAUGUCGUCCUUGUCGGCUGACACAUUGUCUUUGGAGGAACUGGAUUUAGGCAGCAGCGAAAGUGCAGAGGCGCCUGCAGCGCGUACGUUGGAGCGCGUGCGUGAACGUGCGUACGCGAGGGAUUGGACGAGGCUCGGAUUGGCCAGCGCUCCUUUUAGACUCGCGCACGCCAAUGCUGUGUAUACCUUGUGUAGGAGUUACCCAGCCGUGGUGGCGGUUCCAGAAUGUAUAUCUGACGAGUCGUUGCGUCGGGCAGCGCGAGGCUACAGACAGAAUCGUCUGCCGGUUCUCACGUGGAGACAUCCUCGGACACGGGCUUUACUCGCCAGGUCAGCAGCGUCCCACCACAAAGGUGUGAUGGGUAUGUUGAAGGGAAGCAGUCAUCAGACACCUGCGCCUGCGCAGCCCGGGGCCGAAACUACCUCAAGUUUGGAACAGGAGAGAUUUUUGUCAACUCUAGUCAAUCUGACGCCCGCGUCGCGCGGUGAGCUCGAAGAUUCCAGCCUAAGCCUAGAUUCCCUUCUGCUCUGCUGUGACGAGCAGCAUCACAACCAUACCCCGCUGCUCACCAAGGCUGCUGGGACAUUGGGAGUUCUUGGCAGAAAUAGUGGCGGAAAGGGUGGAAAUAGUGCGACGGGAGGCAGACAUUUUGGAAGAUGGGGUUCCCUCAAGGAUAGAAGACAGGCCUCACAUCUGGAGUUGUACGCCCCUCGACAGAGACUGUCCACGGCUGAAGUUGAUUCUGCUUCGGGCGAGACGAGCGGUGUACGGCGCGCAGCAUUGUACGUGGUGACGGAGAAAGGCGCCGGGGCUGGUUGGCCAGCGGGAGUCGAACCCGUACCUGCCGAGUACCCGGAUAACAGAGCCACUAAACAUGCCUUCAAGAAGUUGUUGAGAGCCGCAGCGCCUUCCGCCCCCUCGCCUGAACCUAGCUUUUAUAAAUUAGUUGAGGAAUCGGGAUGGCUAUGGCAAUUGCGUACAAUACUACAAUUGUCAGGGUGCGUACUCGAUCUCUUGGACGUGCAAGGAUCCUCCGUCCUUCUCUCGCUCGAGGACGGAUGGGAUGCGUGUGCGCAGAUUUCGUCUUUAGCCCAAAUUUGCCUAGACCCGUACUACCGGACAAUCGAUGGAUUCCGGAUAUUAAUAGAGAAGGAAUGGCUGGCCUUAGGCCAUAAGUUUCAACAGAGAUUAAACUUGGGAGCCACACCUCAGCAGGGAUUCACUCCGACGUUCCUCAUGUUCCUGGAUGCUGUACAUCAGCUGCAAAAACAAUUUCCCCUGGCAUUCGAGUUCAACGAUUACUACCUCCGUUUCGUGGCGUAUCACAGCGUGUCUUGUCGAUUUCGGACCUUCCUCUUCGAUAAUGAAGCUCAAAGAGCGGAGAUCGGACUUUCGCCUGAUGAAAGGAGACCAGAUGUUGGCAGGCUGGUAAUGGAAACCAGCAGCGGCGGGGCUGAAGGUGGCAACGGAGACGACGAGAGCCGAGGCGGUCUGGGCGUGUUCGAGUACAUCGACAGGCUUCAUCAGAGAUCGCCCAUAUUCUUCAAUCUGCUCUAUGCACCGGACUUGGAUAAUCCGGUGUUGCGUCCUGUCACCGCUGUCUCCCGGCUGGAGGUUUGGGAUUACUAUGUGACCGAGGAGUUGUCUCACGGAGCGCCUUACGAACCUGAUCUUUGGCCCACAGACCCAGAGCCAAAAGCCAGUAGGAGACUUGUUACGGCCGGCAAUGACAGUAUAUCUCGAUGUAUGCCGGACGCAUUUAGCGGUCUCUUGGAGAGACUGAGACAGCUGGAGUUGGAGCUGGGUCACUUACCUCAGAAGUGGAGAGUCAGAUGGGAACAGCUGGAGCUACCUAAUACACUAGAGUUGCAGCGGGUUUCGUCGAUGUGCAGCGGCGUAGUCCGCGUGGCAGCGGCCGCAGCUCACCGUCGAGGGACUCUGGAAGUGCUGGUGCGAGGAAGACUGGCAGCCGCCCCGACGGCCGCCGCUCCUCAUCACAGGUUCGCCCCAGCGCCAGCCGCGGCCCCGGCCAGGUGUGAUCACUGUGCUGACUUGUUGUGGGGACCCUUGGAGACGGGCGUCCGGUGCGUAGACUGCGGCGCCGCGUGUCACGAGAGAUGCGCGGAGUCCUUCGCCUUGCCUUGCACCAAGUAUAAGGCUCCGCCGCAGCCCGACAGAGACGCCAAGAUGCCGCUCGCUAACAGCGUAGGAACCCUUCAAUCGAGUUCCCAGCAGUAUUACGAGCAGUUCUCAUCGAACGUAGCAGAGAACAGGACCCACGAAGGUCACCUCUACAAGAGAGGGGCUCUCCUCAAGGGCUGGAAACAAAGAUGGUUCGUGUUGGACUCUAUAAAACACCAAUUGCGAUAUUACGACGCGAUGGAGGAUUCUCAUUGUAAAGGAUUUAUUGAUUUAGCGGAAGUGAUAGCGGUGUCCGGUGCGGCGCCUGCGCCCGGCCCACCUAAGAAAUGUGACGAUCGAUCUUUCUUUGAUUUACGAACGAGCAGACGAACGUACAAUUUCUGCGCGAGCGACGCGAAUGCCGCUCAGGAGUGGAUCGAGAAGCUGCAGGCCUGCCUACAGUGAAGUGUCAUACGUCAUGUGUCAUAUAAUCUGUCAGCUGUCAAAUCUGUCACACUGUGUCACAAAGGUUUUUCACGUGACUUUUCUCGUUAUUUAGGCAUUUCUCAGCAUUUUAUGUAAAUUGUUUGAUACCUUUUGAAAACCUCGUUUAUUGUUAUAGUUAUUCAUUGUUUUGUACUUUGAAAAUGCAAUUUUCACGUAUUGCAUUAUCUGAUAUUUAAAAUACGUUUAUUUUGCUUUUGAUAGAAGUACAUAAAGAUUCGUAAUUUUUGACCGAUGUUCUUGAAUGAAUAAUUAAAUACUUUAUGAACAUUAGACAGUUGAAGGGAAAUUUUAUAUUCGUUUUUAAAAAUGAAUCUGUCAAAGGUAAAAUAAAUUGUUAACGCUAGUUGUCAACAAAUAUAUUGUUAUGUUGGAAAUUUGUAAAUAUUUAAUCCUAAUUAAUUGUUGUGUAAAGACUUCUGUUCCACUAUUUACGUUUUAACUUAGAUUUAUUUUCUAUAUUUUCGUAAAAAGUAUUUAUGAGAAUUCCAGUCGCAUUGUGUAGUGGUUUCUGGCCGAACUAACACUGUUUUAUUUAUAUUAAAAAUCUAAUAAAUAUUUUCUUCCACCUAAGAGGGUACCUUUAUUUAGAUAAUUUUUCUGUCUACCCUCAAUUAAAAAUAUCUAAUUUAGCGUUUAAAAAUGACAUUUUCGAUGUUAUUUAUUUUAAUAGGUACUUAAUAUUGAAAUCAGAAUAUCUAUUAAAGUAACAGGGUAAAAAACCUGCCAAUUGAUUUGUGCUUCAAUCCUUCAUAUUUUAAAGGAGAACCUCGGUCUUAGAUACGAUUCCCGCCGUGUCCAUUGGUACACUUAAAAUUACGUAUUUCAUUGAACGCCAUCCGUCAGUCUUAGUUCGGCCGGAGUGUAUGUCGUACUGUGUAGGUUUCGAAGUGAUAUUUAAGGGAUCUCCGCUGAAUCCAUCAAUUAUGGUUACUCAUGUAAAUAUUUUGUGUUCACAUAUCAGUGAGGCCGGCGUGGCGUAAAUCUCUUUAAGGAACGAUGCUUGUGAGCUUAUGCAUUUAAAAAAGAAUCGGGCAGAAUUUACCCAAGUUCAGUCUAAAGCUAAUUAAUCCUGGACACAAAUGUGUUUUAAUAAAAAAAUGCUUUGGAUAAAUGUUUUGCUGCGUCGGUAUAGUGGGAUAUACCUAUGUGCGAAUUGCAAUUCAACAGCAUAAGGGGAUUGGAGAUAUUCAAAAUUAGCUUAAAACUAUUAUAAUUUAAGUAGUUUUACACGAAAAACAAAAUAUUUUGGACUUUUAUUGCAUUGUCCCAAUCCCUUGAAUUACUAAUUUACUGUUCUUUUUGCCAUAUUUUUCUUAUUUGCGGAACAAAUGUGAUUUGGAGUUACUUGAGUGGGUAUUCCAAAGCACAUUUCGCCUGUUAUUAACUUGAUAACUGGACUAGAUUCAACAAGUCAGAAAUCAGGGUAAAAUUCAGAGUCGAAUCGUGCAUUGAUGUCGUCGGAAUCUAAAAUGUUUUUGACGUCAUUGCGACCAACCUUUAGAAUGCCCUAGACUUGUCACAUCGGUGGACUGUAAAUCCUUAGUUUGUUCCAAACAAUGCAUUGAAGAUCUUAUUACCCGCUUAUCGAUGUUCCCGUUGGCUUCAUAGAAAAGUGGAAAAGAAUAUUUUUUUCAAAACCCAUUUUGAUGUAUCGCUUGGCGCGUGACAGAAUGUGUAACUGCGUACAAUGGAAAUAAAGAGAUUUUGAAA